AGGCCGGACAGCAGGGCAGCGCUCCUGACUGUAGAUAUAAACCAGGGCUCCAGGUGAGGUCCUUCCAUCAACAGGAUCACACAGCAACCAUGAGGUCUCUGGUCUUCGUUCUGCUCAUCGGAGCUGCUUUUGCGACGGAGGACGACAAGAUCGUCGGAGGGCAUGAGUGCGAGGCCAACUCCCAGCCCCAUCAGGUGUCUCUGAACGUUGGCUACCACUUCUGUGGGGGCUCCCUGGUCAGCCAGGACUGGGUCGUGUCUGCUGCUCACUGCUACCAAUCUCGCAUUGAGGUGCGUCUUGGAGAGCACAACAUCAAGGUCACCGAGGGAAAUGAGCAGUUCAUCAGUUCGUCUCGUAUUAUCCGCCACCCCAAGUACAACUCCUACACCAUCGACAAUGACAUCAUGCUGAUCAAGCUGAGCAAGCCCGCCACCCUCACCAAGUCUGUGCAGCCUGUGGCUCUUCCAACCGCCUGUGCCCCCGCUGGCACCAUGUGCAAAGUCUCUGGCUGGGGCAACACCAUGAGCUCCACUGCUGACAAGAACAAGCUGCAGUGCCUGAACAUCCCGAUCCUGUCUUCUGCCGAUUGUAACAAUUCCUACCCUGGCAUGAUCACUGAUUCCAUGUUCUGUGCUGGAUACCUGGAGGGAGGCAAGGACUCUUGCCAGGGUGACUCUGGUGGCCCCGUCGUUUGCAACGGAGAGCUGCAGGGUGUUGUGUCCUGGGGCUAUGGAUGUGCUCAGAAGAACAACCCUGGUGUCUACACAAAGGUCUGCAUCUUCAGUGACUGGCUGGAGAGCACCAUGGCCAGCUAUCAUAUAAAUAUGAGCUGGGGUGUGUCCAGGUGUUUUCUAUUCACCAUGGGACUGCUGGCUCUGUUGCUGAUGGUUGGAGCUGCUGCUGCAGUUCCCCGCGAAGAUGGCAGAAUCAUUGGUGGGCAGGACUGUGAACCUCACUCUCGUCCAUACAUGGCCUCCCUUAACUAUGGUUACCACUUCUGCGGUGGGGUUCUCAUCAACAGUCAGUGGGUUCUCUCUGUUGCCCACUGUUGGUACAAUCCCUAUGCCAUGCAGAUCAUGUUGGGAGAACACGACGUGCGAGUGUUUGAGGGUACAGAGCAGCUCAUGAAGACUGAAAACAUCAUCUGGCACCCUAGUUACGACUACCAGACUCUGGAUUAUGACAUCAUGCUGAUCAAGCUCUUCCACCCAGUAGAGGUGACUGCGGCAGUCGCACCCAUCCCAUUGCCCAGAGCUUGCCCAAUGGGGGGGCUCCCCUGCUCUGUGUCUGGCUGGGGUAACACGGCCAUGAAUGGCGAGGUCUACUUGCCCACCCGUCUGCAGUGUCUGAACGUGCCCAUAGUUCACGACCAGGACUGUGAAAACGCUUAUCCUGGCAUGAUCACACGCAGGAUGGUGUGUGCCGGAUACAUGGAUGGGGGCAGAGAUGCAUGCAAUGGUGACUCCGGCAGCCCUCUGGUGUGUGCUGGAGAGGUCCACGGGCUGGUGUCAUGGGGUCAGGGAUGUGCCAUGCCUAACUACCCCGGAGUCUACGUCAAAGUGUGCGAGUUCCUCUACUGGAUUGAGGACACCCUGGCAGCCAACCCCUGAAGAAAUUACCCAUUUUUCCUUCACUUCACCCCCUCUAUUCUCUCCCACUCCCAAACAUUUAUUUUUCUUUCCUUCUCUAGUGCCCCCCCCCCCAUCCAGACUCAACAUGCAUGUCCCAAGAAUAUAGAAAACAAAA